AUGGAGAAGAUCUCUGCAGUGAAGGACUUUCUGACCUGUCCUGUUUGUCUGGACACCUUUAAAGAGCCAGUGUCUCUGACCUGUCACCACAGCUUCUGCUCCAACUGUCUACAGGAAUACUGGGACCAGAACAGCACCAGGAACUGCCCCGUGUGUCGCAGGAAGUCCUCCAAAGAACAUCUAGAUGUGAACUUUGCUCUGAAGGAACUGACUGUGUCCUUUUCACAGAAGGAGGAGGCUCCAGGAGGAGAGAGGCCUGUGGUGUGCACCUCACACCCAGAGCAGACGCCUCUGUUCUGCCUGGAUGAGAGUCGCCCUCUGUGUCCAGCCUGUGAGUUUUCUCUUCACUCGGGGCAUAAGGUGGUGACUGUGGACUCAGUCGUCAGUGAAAAGAAGAAGCAGCUGGUCUCACAGCAGCAGUCUCUGUUCCAGAGGAGAAAGAAGGCCUCAAACAAACAGACACAGUGUGAACAAAUACAGGAGCUGGCACAUGCGCAGGUGGAGGCCUGUGAACGUCACAUCAGGGCGGAGUUUGAGAGGUUACACCAGAUCAGGGAGGAGCUGUGUACUGUGGAGCAGAACCUCCUGACUGUGGAAGAUCUGCUGAAGAAACAGAACAUGGACUUCCUCACACAGUACAGAGACACUCACAAAGACAGACAGACUCUGCUCUCACAGCCCAGCCCACAGCUCAGACCAGGACUCCUGAUAAACCAGCCCAAAGUCCUGGCCAACGUGGCCUUCAAACGCCUGGAAGAAGAUGAGAGCCCGGGUGCAGGCAGUGAGGGCUUCAGCUCUGGCUCUCACCAGUGGGACGUGGAGGUGGGGGACCAUCCAGACUGGGCUCAUUGGUUUGAUCAAAGAAGGAGCCCUCAGAGGAUCCGAGUGCGACUGGACUGUGACGAAGGGACAGUGUCUUUCUUUGACGCUGGAGACAUGUCUCUGAUCUGCUCUCACAAGGACAGAUUCACAGAGAAAAUGUUCCCGUAUUUCUAUGUUGAGUCUCCGCCCAGGCACCCAGGAGAGAUCGGGCUUGUCCGGGAGACGUCCAAGGUGCGAGUUGGCCUCCUCUGCUGGAGACAAAGCAGACUGCAGGUAGUUGGCAUGGCAAAAGGAGCUCCAUUCGGACACCUACCCCCUAGCCUAGACAAUGACGGUAUUUUAAGUAACUAA